UUCAGCUUUGCAGCAGCCAUUGUCCGGACUGCCCUGUUUGCUUGCUUACUGUGGGUCUUGUGGGGCCUAUACCACAGUUACAAACCAACGUCGACAAGCAACACAAAGUCCAGUUCGGUCCACCAUGUUUGCUUCAAUCAUCCUGCUAUGGCUCUGCAUUGGCUUCCUCAUCCUUCAACUCAAACCCCGGAGGCCCAAAAACUUUCCACCAGGACCCCCUAUUCUGCCCAUACUGGGGAACAUUUUGCACAUGAGCCUGGAGAACCCCCUGGAGGACUUUGAGAGACUGAGGAAGUCUUAUGGAAAUAUUUACAGUCUGUACCUGGGUCCAAGACCAGCUGUAAUCAUCCACGGGAUGAAGGCCAUGAAGGAGGCUUUAGUGACCAAGGGCAUUGAUUUUGCUGGAAGACCCCAAGACCUGUUUGUCAAUGACACUACCGAUAGGAAAGGAGUGAUUCUGGCAGAUUAUGGCCCAAGUUGGAGGGACCAUCGCCGCUUUGCUCUCAUGACCUUGAGGAACUUUGGUCUGGGGAAGAAUUCCAUGGAGGAAAGGAUUCAUGGAGAGAUAAAAUACAUCAUUGAUACACUGGAGAAGAGCAUUGGCAAAUCCAUGAGUCCCCAAGUUAUGUUUCAUAAUGCAGCGUCCAACAUCAUCUGCCAGGUUCUGUUUGGUACACGCUACGAGUAUGAUGACAAAUUCAUCAAAGUGAUUGUUCAGUGCUUUACUGAGAAUGCCAAGUUGGCCAAUGGACCAUGGGCUAUGCUAUAUGACUCUCUUCCUAUGAUUCGUAGCCUGCCGCUGCCCUUUAUGAAGGCCUUUAAGAAUGUUGAGACUUGUCAGAGAAUUGCAAAACGAUUGUUGAAUGAGCACAAGAGUACCAGGGUCCCCGGACAGCCUCGAGACUUUGUUGACUGCUACCUGGAUGAGAUGGAUAAGAGAAGUGGUGAUAGUUCUUCAUUUACAGAACAACAACUGUCUAUGUACGCUCUCGAUAUUCACUUUGCUGGGACAGACACUACCUCCAACACCCUGCUCACUGGUUUCCUCUACCUUAUGACCUACCCACACGUACAAGAGCGUUGUCAGCAGGAGAUAGACAAGGUGUUGGAGGGGAAGGAUCGAGCCAGUUUUGAUGACAGACACAACAUGCCCUACAUGCAGGCUGUGACCCAUGAAGUGCAGAGGGUAGCCAACACUGUUCCACUCAGCGUCUUCCACUGUACAACUAAAGACACAGAACUCAUGGGAUAUUACAUUCCUAAGGGUACACUGAUCAUCCCCAACUUGACCUCAGUGCUGAGCGAGGAGGGACAAUGGAAAUACCCCAAUGAAUUCAACCCUGAAAACUUCCUCAAUGACCAGGGAGAGUUUGUGAAACCAGAGGCCUUCAUGCCUUUCUCUGCAGGUCCUCGCAUGUGUCUCGGAGAGGGUCUGGCUCGUAUGGAGCUCUUCCUCAUCUUGGUGACGCUGCUGAGGAAGUUUAAGUUCAUCUGGCCUGAGGAUGCGGGAGAGCCAGACUACACCCCAGUCUAUGGGGUCACUCUGACUCCCAAACCUUAUCGCAUGAAGGUCCAACUCAGGGAAAUGCAGUGAGCCCAGAAUUUAUCCAAAAUGAUGUUUUGACCAUCAUCAGGAAACAGACAACGACCAGCCAACAACAUGUUGAGUAGGAACAACAAAUUUGGAAAAUUUUUGUAUGGCCUAUAGGGCACACUGUUUGGCUCAGGGGCUAACUUUGCUUGCCGAACUUCUAUUUCCAGCUCUUUUGAUAAAUCAACCAAUGAAUUUGUAACAUGAAAUCAUAAGUAUAAAGUAUAACUUCAGUGACAUGCCAGUCAGUUUCCUCAAUCUGUGAAUUGCAAUAUAGUCCCUUUCCAUUUCCUUUACUGCACUUCUUACAUUGUAGGCACAGUGUGUGUGUUUAUGAUAUUCCAGAUGAUUCUGGUUGUGAAAUGAUUUAACUGUAGUUUUGGGUUCAGUUGUGUCGUUGUUUUACAAAUUAAAUCCACCACAGACUCGGUAAUGUUGACGGUGGUGUCCUGGAACAUGCUCCAGACUGCGUCAGUAGUGCAGACUUUAGGAUGGCUACUGACCUCUUGUGUAGUAUGUCCGAUAUUUUGACCUCAGCAAGAUGGCCGCAUGGACAGGAAAGGGUGGAUGCAGCUAAGGGUCAGAAUCAAACUUGCACCUCUGCUAAGGACUCAGAAUUUGUAGUACGUGGACUACUUGCUCUGCCAGGUGAGCUACCAGUUUUUUAUUUGCAUAUAGCAGUGAUCCUGAGUGUUUAUUUCACUUGAUUAUUGCUGUAACCAUAUAACAAAGGUCCUCUUACCUUAACAAAGUACUUUUUCUAACCCAAACCAUGGAGUUUUUAUAAACCAAGUUGUUAUUGCCUUAAUCUAACCAAACCUUAAUCGCAGUAUUGCAACAUCAUACAACAGACUUAUUUUUCAACAAUGUUUUUAUAACUUUUUUGGAAGUAAUGGAGAAUCUACAUUGUCAUGCUUAUAGGAACGUCAGAUCAGAAAACCACAUUGAGUUUUUUCUUUAGUGGACAAACAACGUAUUUUGUCGUUUCAUUUGGAGAACUUGUUGCUUCCAUGACAUGCCUUGAUAUGUACUCCUAAUGUUCAUUUGUUUGUUAAAAAAAAAAAAACAUGCUUUAAUAUGCAGUUGGUUUACAUGGGGUUGAUAUGAUGGAGGCCUUUCUGGCGUAUUUGUCGUGUUUUUACUUUGGUGUGUAACAUUUCUGAAUAUUGCAUUUUAAUGAUAUGCAUCUUUGUGUUAAAUAAAAUAAUCUUUAAUAUUAACAAAA